AUGAUUAUUACACAAAUAAUUGGAGAAGAUACAGGAUCAAUCAUAAUGUCUUUAAUACCUGAUUCUAAAUUUCAAUGUGCGAAUACAACUUGUUUACCAUUCAUUAAUGUUAUUACAUCAAACAUUAGGAAUUGUCAAGUAGCCUGUUUAACUCAAAGUCAAUGCAGAGCAGCAACUUUUCAUCAAUCAACUUCUAAAUGUGAAUUAUUUUCUGAUAUGUUGAACCAAAAUGAAAAUAUGUUGACUGAUGUCGAUGCUACUAGUAUGAAUAUUGUUAGUGGAACACGAUAUCCACCGGAACCAACUACGACAUCAACAUCAACAACAACAUCAUCAACAUCCACAACAACAGCAAUACCGAAAUGGACAAUGACAGGAAGCAUGAGUGUCGCACGACAAAUUCACACAGCAUCCAUAUUAAUAAAUGGAUUAGUAUUAGUUGCUGGUGGAACCGGCAUCGGUAGUGUUCUCAAUAGUGCUGAGUUGUACAAUUCAUCAACAGGCACUUGGAUAACCACUGGAAGUAUGAAUACCGCACGACGAUAUCAUACAGCAUCCACAAUAGCAAAUGAAUUCGUAUUAGUUGCUGGGGGAGGAAGCAGCAGUAGCAUUUCUCUCAAUAGUGCUGAAUUGUACAAUCUAUCAACAGGCACUUGGACAACCACAGUAAACCUGAAUGCUGCACGAACAUAUCACACAGCGUCCACAUUAGCAAAUGGAUUAGUAUUAGUUACUGGUGGAUUCAACGGUGCUUAUCUCAAUAGUGCUGAAUUGUACAAUUCAUCAACAGGCACUUGGACAAUCACAGGAAGUAUGAAUACCGCACGACGAUUUCAUACAGCAUCCACAUUAGCAAAUGGAUCAAUAUUAGUUGCUGGUGGACAAAUCAGCAGUAGUGUUUAUCGUAAUACUGCUGAAUUGUACAAUCCAUCGACAGGCACUUGGACAAUGACAGGAAACAUGAGUAUCGCACGAGUAUAUCACAUAGUAUCCACAUUAUCAAAUGGAUUUGUAUUAGUUGCUGGUGGAUUCAACGGUGUUAAUUAUGUCAAUAGUGCUGAAUUGUACAAUCCAUCAACCGGCACUUGGACAACCACAGGAAACAUGAGUAUCGCACGACAAUAUCACACAGCAUCUACAUUAGCAAAUGGAUUAGUAUUAGUUGCUGGUGGAUACAACGGUGCUUAUCUCAAUAGUGCUGAAUUGUACAAUUCAUCAACAGGUAUUUGGACAACUACAGCAAACAUGAGUAUCGCACGACAAUAUCACACAGCAUCCACAUUAGCAAAUGAACAAGUAUUAGUUACUGGUGGAGGGGGCAACGGUGGUUAUCUCAAUAGUACUGAGCUUUAUUAA